AUGGCAGAUCCAACCUCAGCUCCAGUUCAGCAACAAGAUGAUGGCUCAGGGACUGCAACUUCUGAAGCAUCCCACCAGAACCAACCUCGAGCGGCUGCCUCUGUUCAGACCGUAUCGAUGAAUCCCGCACCAGUGACUACGCCAUUUAGUAGUACACUCAGUCAGCCAUUUACCAUGAAGCUUGACAGACACAACUUCCCUGUGUGGAAGACAAUGGUUUUCACCAUCAUCCGCGGCCACCGACUCGAAGGAUUCAUUAAUGGCAAAAGAGUUUGCCCAGAAGAAUUUAUAACCUCAGGUACCCCUGAAACUACUGAUUAUAAUGUGAUUGUUAACCCUGACUAUGAAAACUGGCUUGUGCAUGACCAGUUGUUAAUGGGGUGGCUUUACGGAUCCAUGACGGAGGGUAUUGCGUCUGAAGUAAUGGGCUGCCAGUCGGCCUACUCUCUCUGGACAGCUCUCGAAAACCUCUUUGGUGCCUACUCGAGGGCUCAUACUGAUGAUCUCCGAACCAAACUUCAGACAACAAGGAAAGGUUCGACAUCCAUGACGGAUUACUUAAAGCAAAAGCGAAUGUGGGCUGACUCUUUGGCUCUUGCUGGAGAGCCAUAUCCAGAGAGGCAUCUUGUCUCCAAUGUUCUCUCGGGCUUGGAGAUUGAAUACUUGUCUAUUGUCUCUCUAAUAGAGGCUAGAUCUGAAACUUCUUGGCAGGAACUGCAAAGUAUUCUGCUGAGCUUCGACAAUCGACUUGAAAGACUUACAGCAACUCCCCCCGCCCACAAAAAUCUUAACUCACCGUCGCCUAAUAUCGCUCAUAAACCAACCGGUGCAGAGGCACCCUGCACUCAAACCGAGGUCGAGGAGGCAGAUUUGGCGGCUCGACGCCAACUUGCCAAGUCUGUGGCAAGUAUGGCCACUCUACCGCAAAGGUGUUACAACCGGUAUGAUGAGAGUUACAUGGGGCAUCAACCACCAGGAGAACCACAGCAGGACAAACAAUUUAAUGCUCUUGUUGCCACACCACAAAUCCUCAACGAUGAUAGUUGGUAUGUGGACAGUGGGGCAAGUAACCAUCUCACUGCUGAAGAAGGACAAAUGAGCAACAAAUCAGUGUAUGGUGGAUCGAGUGACAGGAAGGUGGUUCUCCUGCAAGGAGCUCUUAGAGAUGGCUUGUAUCGACUCGACACCUCUCUUCUGCAAGAUUCUCGUCAAACAUGUCCUCGGUCUAGAAAGUCCCAACUUGAGUCCUUUGCUGGUGUUGUUACAGCAACAUCUAAGUCGAAUAAAAUCAAUGUUCAUGAGUCUGUUUUAGAUCUUUGGCAUAGAAGGCUUGGUCACCCUUCUAAUGUUGUGUUAAGUCAAGUGUUGAAAACUUCUAAUGUAAUACCUGCUAUCAAUGAAAAAUUACUGUUUUGUGAUGCUUGUCAAUAUGGCAAAUCCCAUUGUUUACCUUUUAAAAACUCAUCCAGUCGUGCAUCUCAGGUCUUAGAGCUUGUCCAUACCGAUCUAUGGGGUCCAGCUCCCAUUAAUUCUCAUACCAAUUCUCGGUUCUAUAUACACUUCGUAGACGAUCAUAGUCGAUACACUUGGCUAUUUCCCUUGAAGCACAAAUCUGAUGCACUUUCAGCGUUUGUGCAAUUUAAGGCCUUGGUUGAGAAUCAAUUUAAUAGGAAAAUCAAGGCUCUUAGAACUGAUUGGGGAGGUGAGUUUCAGUCCUUUACUGACAUUGUUACUCAGAAUGGGAUUGUUUUUCAACAUUCCUGUCCCCAUACUUCUGAACAAAAUGGUAGAGCGGAGCGUAAACAUCGCCAUAUAGUGGAAAUGGGCCUCACUCUAUUAGCUCAAGCCUCCAUGCCUUUAAAAUAUUGGACUGAUGCUUUCCACACAGCUGUACACCUCAUAAACCGGCUGCCCACUACUGUUCUUGGUGGUAAGUCGCCUUACGAGGUUCUCUUCUCCAAAACACCAGAUUAUCACACUCUCAAAGUGUUUGGGCCAGCUUGCUUUCCUUGCCUAAGGUCAUAUCAGACACAUAAAUUCCAGUAUCAUUCUGUUAAGUGUGUCAACCUUGGCUAUAGCCAAGCUCACAAAGGUUUUAGAUGUGUCAGUCCUCAUGGUCGAAUAUACAUCACUCGACAUAUCAUUUUUAAUGAAAAUGAAUUCCCAUGUAAAUCUGGUUUUUUCAACAAUUAUAAGUCUGAACAGGUCGUUACACUAGAUGCACCACACUCCUGGUUCAUACUUCCUUCAGCACCUCCAUUGUAUCCCAUUAAUGAAGCAGAUCAUGGGACUGAUCUCAUAUCAUCCACUACACCAAAGAAUCCUCAACAACUUGCGUAA